UAAAUUAUUGUUAUUAUUAUUAUUAAAAUAAUCAUCCUGCCUCAGAAGAAAGGAAGGUUUUUGGCAACUCUGGUUAAAAAAAAAAAAAAAAAGAAAGACAACUUUUCAUCAAUGGCCUCUUUUGGAUAUUUCCUGUUUCUUUGUGGGUUGAGUCAGGCUCUGUCAAGUUACCCAAUCUGGUGGUCCUUGGCAAUUGGUCACCAGUAUUCCUCCCUGGGGACUCAGCCCAUCCUCUGUGGGAGCAUCCCAGGACUGGUACCCAAGCAGCUACGCUUCUGUCGGAACUAUGUGGAGAUCAUGCCCAGCGUAGCUGAAGGGGUAAAGAUUGGGAUCCAGGAAUGCCAACACCAAUUUCGAGGGAGGAGGUGGAAUUGCACGACCGUCAAUGACAGCUUAGCCAUCUUUGGGCCCGUGUUAGAUAAAGCUACCAGAGAAUCAGCCUUUGUCCAUGCCAUUGCCUCUGCUGGAGUGGCUUUUGCGGUGACCAGAUCCUGCGCCGAGGGCUCGGCCACCAUCUGCGGCUGUGACACCCGCCACAAAGGCUCUCCUGGGGAAGGCUGGAAAUGGGGGGGCUGCAGCGAGGAUGUGGAGUUUGGGAGCAUGGUGUCUCGGGAGUUUGCGGAUGCCCGAGAGAACAGACCAGACGCUCGGUCAGCCAUGAACAGGCACAACAACGAAGCUGGAAGGACCUCUAUUAUUGAACUCAUGCAUCUCAAGUGCAAAUGUCACGGCCUCUCAGGCAGCUGCGAAGUGAAGACCUGCUGGUGGUCUCAGCCAGACUUCAGGGUCAUCGGUGACUACCUCAAGGACAAGUAUGAUAGCGCUUCUGAAAUGGUAGUGGAAAAACAUCGAGAAUCCCGUGGCUGGGUCGAGACCCUCAGGCCCAAAUACAACUUCUUCAAGGCUCCAACUGAGAAGGACCUGGUUUACUACGAGAACUCACCAAACUUUUGUGAGCCCAACCCUGAGACAGGUUCCUUUGGGACCCGUGACAGGAUCUGUAAUGUCACUUCCCAUGGGAUUGAUGGUUGCGACCUUUUGUGCUGCGGCCGUGGGCACAACACGAGGACUGAGAAACGGAAAGAGAAGUGCCACUGUAUCUUCCACUGGUGCUGCUAUGUCCGCUGCCAGGAGUGCAUACGAGUCUACGAUGUCCACACGUGCAAAUAAAGCAGGCAAAACCCUUCACUGGGCUCCUAGUGGAGAAAUGGAUUUGAGCCUACUUCCUCUGAGGUUUCAGACACGAGAGAAGUCUACUUUUUUGAUAUUAAAAGAAUAAAAACUUUUUAAAAGGCUAAAACUGGUUGGAUAGAAUAGGUCUAAUGACUUCUGAGCUAUCCCGAGGUACAUCUGGCAGUCACACAAGUUAUGCCCCACCAAUGCCUCCUGUAGGAGAGAGUGGGUUUUCAACCAGCCAACAACACAGCGCUGGAAAGAAGAGCAUUAGCAAAAGCAUGGAUUUGCUCUGCUCUCACCCACCUGAAGUGACUCGUGUGAUUAAGUGUCCUUUGAAAGACUUGCAUCUUCCCAAGUAUCUCCUUUUCCCUCAGCCAGGCAGAGGCUGUGUUGGACAGCAGCACUAAGCUUUCUGAGAUCUAUCUACAUACCCAAACGGCCAGACUCUGUGUAUAAUAUGAGCAACAACAACAGCAGCAGAAGAAAUUAAAGCAGAUAAAUGAAUAAUUUUUUUAAAAAAAUAAUGCAAAUACUCCUUUGCUUUUGCCCUGGAACCAGAGAAGUCUACAAAUACAUAAUUGAGCUGUAGAGUGGGCAGGCUCUUCGUAUGAACUUUUUAGUGUAGUUGCUUCUGCCACAUUUGAUAUAGGAUUCAGCGACACCUGUAGAGAGAGAGGGAGGGAGAAGGAGAGGGAGAGAAAGAGAGAGAACUGCUGAUGGUUUCCUGCAAAUUCCCUGUUGGCACACAGGUGAUGUGCACAGUAUGGAAAAGUUCAGUGCCUGAUAUAUGAAGUGAAGAGGACUUGGUGUGUGCAUUGAGGAGGAGACAGUCCCACGAACAGAGAUGUUGCUCCAGCUGUGGCCCAUUAUGUGGCUCAGCCAAUGAAUCCUCCUUGGAAACAUGCAGUGCAGUGAGUCUCCUGAGGCUGGACACUUGCUACUGGGCAUAGGACAUCCAGCUCCUCAGCAUCCCAGCUUGUUCCUGUAGAGGAGGAAAGGGAAAGUGUUUACCCCUCCCAUCUCGUUAGAGAAUGCCAUCACCAACAGCGGAAAGUGCACUUAGUCCAUCCGCCCUCUGCCCCUCAUGCAGGCUUCCCCCUGGGCACUUAGCAAAAGCCUUAGACCACACGUCUGUCAGGAUCGUGACUCUGAAGGACUGCUUGUCACCCAUUAAUUUACAUGAUGGUGAACCAACACACCACCAUCACCCCCCACAAGCUGGAACAAUUUCAGACUCAAGCCAAAUUUUGUUCCACACCUAAUUUCUACAGCCAUUCCCAUCUCUAAAAGUGGCACAGAUUAGAAUACACAAAACCCAGACUCUGAACUAGCCCAGAGUUUGAGCAAGUUCGGACACAGAGCCAAAUCCCAACUUUGCAGAGCUGGCCCAUCUCUGCUGUUCACCUCUGACGUCCUGUCUUUGCAUGCUGCUCGACUUCUGAUUUCAGAUCAGGAUUUCCAGUUUACACAAACAGCUCUCACCUCCUCUGUGAGCACCAGGGCUUCCUUCAGCCACAUGGGUAUCAGGCAUGAAUCUCAGCCCAUCACCUCAGUAUUUACAGCACUGUAACUCUGCUCGAAUUAUUCCUGGUUGAUACUGGUAUAAAUGAGUGAUGAAUCAAGCACAGAGUAGUAGCCUGUUUAGCCUCAGAUGCACUUGUCCUGUGUCUUAUUUGCCUUACCCAUACCUUUGGGUUCCUAUCUUGGGAAAAAAAAACAAUGGAUUGGUAUUUUUUCUUCCUCUUCAGUACAGGCAAGGAAAUGGGGCAUGAUCUAAGUCCCAGUGACCCAUAAAAAGGUAAUGUAAUCACGGCUGCUGGCUAAUUCAUACCUGGAUGUCUAUGUAGAGAGAUCAGAGUGCUCUUCUCUCCCUGCAUGUCAGUUUAUUCCCGGGAACCAAAGGAGGGAGUACGCACAAGAGGCAGGGAACAAACAGAGCUUAAUCCCAUCAGAGAGAAAACAGGAGAAAAUGAUGCCUCCAAGGGUUGACUCUGAGUCAUGGCAUCUCCUGGGACUACUCCUAGGCUGGUACAGUUUAUGCAUCAGCCGUUUGUCUCGGGGCUGUACCCAAGGGCACAAGCAAGUUUUGCUUAUUGAUGGAUGCACUUCUAUCAAUGCUCUGCAAAAAAAUCUGCAAUGAAAUGGGAGCAGAGGCGCAGAACGGAGAGAAGGAGAGAGGAAGAGAUCAUGAGAGACAAAGAAAAAAGUGGGGAGAAAACCAAUGGAUCAUAUCUGUACAAGUAAACUUUGCACCCAAUGUAUGGUCACACACCAACUGGUAGGAAGCAAUAGAUCACUAAAAACUGAGAGAAAGAUGGACCAAUUAAUGGAUGCAUGACUGAUUUUUGUAAUACAGUCUGUGAGAAAAGGAAAAUCUGAGCAUUAUGGAAAAUAAAUAAGGAAGCCACUGUGGGGGGAAAUUGCCACAAGAACCAAUAUUCAAAUAAAAGCUGUCAAGAAAGCAAACGCUGAAGAAACCCACGUAUGUGGUGGAAGACAUUGAUGAAUUGGAAAAGAUGGGUCAAGGGACAAUAUGUCUGAUCUACUUAAUACGAUGCAGUGCUAGCAGUCACAGCAAGAGAUGUUAGACACCUCCCAUGAGGUAAUUCUGUCAGUCAUCGGUACCCUGACAACAAAGAUGCAAAUCAUUGCAGCUCACAGACCCUGUCAAUCCACUGACUUCAGCAGGGUCACACCCAUGAUUAAUUUUACCCUAAUAUUUUUAAGCAAGGUGGUUUCAAACUCCUUCUUCUAUACCAUACCAGUGAAGAAAUGGGUUGAAGGAUUUGGCUUCCAUGCACGGGAGCUGGACUCUGACCCCAGCCCAUCCACAGCAUGCUAACAUCCACCAUUUCUGCUUUUGAACCAGAACCAAGCCCAACAUCACUAGCAGGUGAAGCUCUUUGGGAAAGCAUGAAGGGGAGGGGGGCGAGGGGGGACGAACCCAAACUAGGCAUU